AUGGCUCAAUCCACUCAGUGCAAUCUUCCUCGAUUCGCCUCUGCGGUCGAUGGUCCCAAACGCCCAAUCUCGAUAAAGACAAAACCAACGGAUUCGCAAAAUGCGCAGUUAUCAACCGCAUGGUCUGAAGGCCGCUUGGAGUCUAUCAUGCAAGCGACAUGGGCUCUCGUUCUACACUACUAUAUCCGAACCGAGGAUAUCUCCUUCGGUUACCAACUUCUCGCGGGCGAUUCAUGCCCGCAAUCUGUACAGCGCACGAGUGGUGAAAUUUCGACCAUCCGCAUUUCAAUCAACGACGACGACUCUCUCACGAAAAUUGUAGAUAAGGUUUGCGCAACCGCUUCGGAGAGACAACCUGCAACCUCGGAGGCCUCUGAAGGCCACUUUCCUUUCAAUACCAUUGUCACGCUGCGUACAUAUGAUCCAUCAAUCGCCGACUCUGCCCCUUUGGUUGCCACCGCGCUCCCGGACGAGUGUCAAGUCCGUCUUCAUGUGAAGGUCCUGAAUGGAGACAUCGGCAUUUUCCUCGAAUGGCGCCAAGGCGACAUGUCCGAGAAUCAGAUGAAGAGCGUGGGCAACAUUUUUGAGCAGUUCCUUGCCAAAAUCCUUUCUGCCGAGAACACCGCUAUUAGCCAGCUUAAUUUGUUCACGGAAAAUGAUUGGGAACGUAUCUGCAAGUGGAACUCCGCCAUUCCACACCUUUAUGACCGAUGCAUCCACGACGCCAUCCAUGACCAGAUGGUAAGCGGGCCAGACCGUGAGGCUAUUUGCGCAUGGGAUGGCAGUUUGACAUUCGGCGAGCUAGACCACCAUGCCUCGAAGCUUGCGUGUCACCUUCGCAUGCAGGGUAUCGGCCCGGAAACUCGCGUGGCUUUGUGUUUCGAGAAAUCGAAAUGGAACGUCGUUGCAAUGCUGGGCGUUAUGAAAGCCGGGGGAGCCUUUUCUCCUCUCGAUCCAACUCACCCCACGUCACGACUGCAGAGUCUCGUCAAAUCACUUGAAGCUUCGGUUGUGCUGUGCUCUGAGAAACAUGUCGAGAAAUUGCGACCAAUCGUGAAGACCUUAAUACCCCUUUGCGCGGAGACCCUGGACUCUCUGUCCGACCCGGCGGAUAGUGUUGAUCUCGCAUCAGGUGUGACAAGUCAAAAUGCAGCUUAUGUUCUGUUUACUUCCGGAUCAACUGGCGAACCUAAGGGAACUUUGCUAGAGCAUCGUGCGUUCCUGUCCAGUGCGAUGGUGCAUGGUCCCAGACUGCAUAUCUUCCGCGAAUCACGGGUGCUCAACUUUGCUGCACACACAUUUGACGCGAGCCUGGCUGAGAUUCUGACGCCUCUCAUCCAUGGUGCCUGCGUUUGUAUCCCCAGUGAAGAGUCUCGACUCAAUGAUAUUGUCACCCCUAUCAACGAAAUGCGAGUCACCCAAGCAACCUUCACCCCAUCUUUUAUCGGCUUCAUUGAUAUCGACAGUGUGCCGGGACUGGAAACUUUGAUUCUCGCUGGCGAGGCAAUGUCGCAGUCACAACUGGCUACCUGGUCCAGAAUUCAAUUGGUGAACGGGUAUGGACCUACCGAGGCAAGUGUAGCGUGUGUCUUGAACUCCUAUGUCACACCAGACACCGAUUGCAAAGAUAUCGGCCUCCCUGUCGGUGUCAGGGCUUGGCUUGUGAACCCUGAGAAUCAUGAUGAGCUAGUCCCAGUGGGGUGCCCAGGAGAACUACUUUUGGAAGGCCCGUCCCUGGCCCGAUGCUACGUGAACAAUCCGCAAAAAACCAACGAAUCCUUCAUCUAUGACCCGGCCUGGACUCAACUCGACCCCAAUAAUACCCCUAAUCGAAGACUCUACAAGACUGGUGACUUGGUUCGAUACAACGCGGAAACAGGUGCUUUAAAUUACAUUGGCCGGAAGGAUACCCAGGUCAAAGUGCACGGUCAACGCAUCGAACUUGGUGAGAUCGAGAAUCAGCUGAGUACCGACCCGCACGUCACUCACUGCUCUGUAUUCUUCCCCAAAUCCGGCUUUUCAAAGGGUCGGUUGGCGGCCGUUCUCUCCUCCACGGGUUUGCUUGCUGAACAGUCCGACUCGGAUGCGGAGCCUUUACGACUAAUCUCUGCCUCGAAAAAGGCUGAGCUAGUCUCUGGCGUCCGAGAGCGCUUAUCCACACGUCUCCCCACUUAUAUGGUACCAGCUGUUUGGCUUUGUGUCGAAGCUCUGCCUCUCUUGCCGUCCGGGAAACUCGAUCGUAAGGGUAUCUCAACUUGGGUUGCCGGAAUGGAAAGUGAUCCUGAUAUCCUGAGUGGUGCCUCUGCCUUGGUGAUCGACGCAGAGGCUACCCAGCCCGCAAACGAGAGAGAGGAAGCACUGGCUGCUGUAUAUAGCCGUGUUCUCAACAUUCCCCAGAACCAACUCAACCUCAAUGAGAGCUUCCUAGCUCUCGGAGGUGAUUCAAUCGCCGCCAUGACAUGUAUUGGCUUCUGCAAGAAGCGCGGGUUCGCUCUUUCAGUACAGGAACUGCUGCGCAGCAAGUCAAUUCGUGACCUCGCCACCCGCGCGAAGACGAUCGAGCAUCUCACAACCUAUGAAGAAGCUGUCGAUGAACCAUUCAACCUAUCCCCCAUUCAGGUGCUCCACUUCGGCGUCCGCAAAGAAGGUCAGGGCCACUUCAACCAGGGCAUUCUUACCCGCCUCAACCGUCCGCUCGGAGAACAAGCCCUUCGCAAGGCAGUUGAAAGCUUGAUUUCCCGCCAUUCGAUGCUCCGUGCUCGCUACACUGACACAGGGUCUGCCACUGCCUCAAGUCAGCACAUCACUCGCGACAUUCAAGGUUCUUACCGAUGGCGCCUGCACAAUGUCGAGAGUAUGCAAGAGGCCAACACACAUAUUGCGGAGAGUCAAGCCUCCAUCAAUUGCUUCUCUGGUCCAAUGUUGGCUGUUGAUUACUUUACAUUGAAGGAUCAGCCCGACAUCCUCUCAAUGACCGCCCACCAUCUCGUUGUUGAUAUUGUCUCCUGGAGAAUCAUUCUGGAAGACUUGGAAGACUUUAUUCUGAAUCCUGAAAAAUCGGUCAGCAAUGAUGGAUCACUCCCUUUCCAGACCUGGUGUCGCUUGCAAGAGGAGCACUGUGAAAGUAUGCGCGCCGAGCAGAAGGUCGCAACUGACGUGAUACCAGCUCCGGACUUUGCCUACUGGGGUCUCGAAAACACGAGUACUACAUAUGGUGAUGUUGACUGUGCCUCCUUUGAGAUCGAUCCCGCACACAGCAAUGCCAUUUUAUUGGAGUGCAGUAAAGCACUUGGGACCGAGCCAAUCGAUCUGUUCCUCGCAGCGAUGCUCCACUCGUUUGGCCGAUCAUUCCCCGAUCGUGCACUGCCGACAAUCUUCAACGAAGGGCACGGACGUGAAGUGUGGGACUCCUCCCUGGACAUCUCUCACACAGUCGGCUGGUUCACCAUCGUUCAUCCCAUCUUCCUUUCCGCAUUCAACGCAGACAGUCCAAUUGAGACUCUGAUUCAAGUCAAGGAUCUUCGUCGCAGGGUCACUGACAAUGGUCGCGCUGAUUUCACCAACCGGGUCCUACCCGCCGAGGGCCGCCAAGGACCAGACCACCCUCACCCCUUCGAGAUGUCCUUCAACUAUGUUGGCCAGCAUCGCGACCUCCAGCGGACAGAUGGUUUGUUCCAGCUUGUUGACGCGAUGGCUGGUGAAGCAGGCCAAGGAGGUGGCGCUGCUGAUUUCGGACGCGACACUCCUCGAUUCGGAUUGUUUGAGAUCUCGGCCAUGGUCGUCGGUGGUAAAAUCAGGUUCAACUUCUCUUUCAACAAAUUCAUGAAUCACCAAACUCGCAUUCACGAAUGGGUUUCCAACUGCCAGCAGCUUCUUGUCUCACUCUCCGAGCAGCUUCCCGCUCUAUCGCCACGACUGACUCUGAGCUCUUUCCCUAUGCUCUCCCUGACUUACCCGGUCUUGGAUCAGUUGCUCAACGAGAAGCUGCCAGCUAUGGGCAUCGAGUCUGCCGAUCUCGUCGAGGACAUUUAUCCUUGCUCUCGCAUGCAACAGGGUAUUCUACUCGGUCGCAAGCGAGAUAGCUCCUACUAUGCGGUCCACGAUACGUUUGAAAUUCGCGCGACAGGUUCGAGCAAGCCGAAUCUCGAUAGACUUUUGAUGGCCUGGCAACAGGUUGUGUCCCAUCAUGCAAUGUUCCGGACCAUCUUCGUUGAGAAUCUGACUCCCCGGGACCCCUUCUGUCAAGUCGUGCUGAAGCAUUACGAUGCUGCUCCUUUGUUGCUGCACUCGGCAACUGACGAUGAUGUUCUGGCUACCUUCAAUAAGCAGGAGGCCAAGGACUACGCUGAUAUUACCCCGGCCUACCGCUUCACCGUUUGCCAAGCAGCAUCCGGAAGGCUCUUCGCACGCCUGGAGAUGAGCCAUGCUGCGAUGGAUGGUAACUCAAUCUCCAUCAUUCUUCGCGACAUUCAAUUGGCUUAUGCAGGAAGGCUAGAGGAGAACCCUCAGCCCCUGUUCAAGGAUUAUAUGGAAUAUCUGCAAGACGCACCGCGAGAUAUCAGUAUCAACUAUUGGUCAUCUUACCUCAAUGGAGCGAAGCCUUGUCUGUUCCCCGUGCUUAAUGAUGGGGAUCAAUUUGGAAAGAGUCUGAAAUCAAUCCCGGUGCAUUUCACUGGGCUUAGCAAGCUCCAGAUGGUCUGCGAGCAGCGUGGCAUUACAUUGGCCAAUGUUUUCAAUGCCGCCUGGGGUCUCACCCUUCGCGCUUUCUGUGGCACUGACGAUGUUUCCUUCAGUUAUAUGGCAUCUCUACGUGACCUCCCAGUGGACAACAUCAGAUGGGUCAUUGGUCCAGUCAUUAACCUUUUGGUCUGUCGAAUGAAGAUGUCUGCGGACUCCAAGCUCAGCGAAAUCUUGCACCAAGUUCAGAAUGACUACCUGGAAAGUUUACCUCACCGCCACACCUCGCUCAUUGAUAUUCAACAUGCUUUGAAGAUGUCUGACAGCAACCUUUUCGACUCGGGUGUUUCUUAUCGUCGACUUCCAGGUUCAAAGGAUGCUGUCAGCAGCGAGAUCGAGUGCGCCGAGCUUGGAGCUAUCCAUGAUCCUGCUGAAUUCCCUGUUUUCAUGAAUAUCGAGUCUGAAGAUACGGAAGCUCAUAUCGAUCUCAACUACUGGACUACGACCCUCUCGGACGCACAAGCCGCCAAUGUUGCAAACACAUAUCUUCGUUGCCUUGAAAACAUCACAUAUCAUAUUGACGAAGAGCUCCGGCAGCUGGACAACGUCGGGGAGCAAAAUAGAGCGCAGAUCAUGACUUGGAACAACAAGAACCCCCAACCCUUCGAAAAGUGCGCCCACCAGGUCGUCCAAGAAAUGGCCAAGAAGCGCCCGGAAUCCCUAGCAAUCACGGCUUGGGAUGGCAACCUCACAUAUGCCAAGCUAGACCAGUACUCCUCCCGUCUUGCUAGCUAUUUGGUCACAUUCGGUGUUGGUUCUGGCACCCUUGUUCCAGUUUGCUUCGAGAAGUCGGUUUGGAAUACCGUGUCCGUCAUUGCUGUCAUGAAAGCUGGUGCUGGGUGUAUUCCAGUUGACACACCUCAAAGCAUGGCUUUGGUUGAGAAGUGGAUCGUGGACAAUACCGUCCAAGUUGCUCUGGCUUCCCCGGAGAAGGCGCAACUCCUGGAGGAUAUUGUUCCAUAUGUUGUUCCAGUCAGCGAGUCCCUCCUCGAAUAUCUGUCCGAUGAGACUUUCAAGCCGGUUGCGUCCCCAUCUGAUGUCGCAUAUGUCGCCAUGACCGCUGGUAACUCCGGCCCGCCCAAGACUGUUGUUUUGGAUCAUGCGACCGUCAUGACUCGCGCCGAAGGAUUCGCAACCACAAUGGCCAUUGCAGACGUCUCUAGAACACUGCAGUUUGCAACUCACAUAUCCGACUCCUUCCUCCAGGAGACCUUCGGUACCUUCAUGUGGGGAGGCUGUGUCUGCAUACCCGCUGAUAUUGAUCCAAUCAAUUUGGCUGCUUCCAUCAAUGCCCUGCACGCCAAUGUGGCGAGCAUCACCCCGACUGCAGCUAGCUUCUUUUCGCCCAGGGAUGUUCCUGGAUUGCGGUCAAUCGCUCUGGGCGGUGAAGUUGUCACUCAGAGUAUACUUGAUCGUUGGCAGACCGAUGACCUUCAGCUGCAAGUCUUGUACGGCACAAGUGAGAUCUCAUCCGCUUGUUUCCAUUUAUUUUGCUCCACAGAGCAGAAUCAGACUGCUUCCAUCGGAAAAAGCUCAUCCUGCGCUUCCUGGGUCAUUGAUCCCGCAAAUCAUGACCGCCUUGUUCCAAUUGGCAGUGUUGGUGAACUUGCUAUUGAGGGCCCUAUCCUCGCUCGUGGAUAUUUGUAUGACAAGGUUGCCGAGAGCAAUGAUUUCUUCCGGAACCCCUCGUGGAUGUCCGACCGCGGCGAUGUCGAGACUUGCUUCUUCAAGACCGGGGACCUCGUUCGUUAUAACUCCGAUGGUUCGCUCACAUUCGCUGGUCGCAAAAACACAGGGACUGAAUCUGGUCUUGCUGCGGAUAUUUUCCACACCCAGGAGCAGAUUGAUGCGGCCCUGGAUUCUCAAAACAAAUCAUUUGUUCAGAGAGUCCAGCUGGAGAUUGGUGGUACGAAGACCCAGUCCUUGAUCGCGGUCAUUGUAUCCUCGGACACCGUCUCGACCACCUUCGGGGAUCCUGUCAUUCAUCCAUCCCUCCCAGAACUGAAAUCCUCGAUCUCAAAUCUGUACAGCCAACUAAGUAUCAAACUACCUGCAAUGAAGGUCCCGAGUAUUUACAUUCCCAUCUCCUCCCUCCCCCUCACCUCUGCUGGAAAGCUCAACCGUAAUGGAUUAACUACAGAGAUACAGAAACUUUCAAGCAGUGCACUCGAAUCAUACAACGUCAAGUAUUGGAAUGGCUCCAAGGCUGCCAAACGAGUCUCACCCCAUGCUAGUCUCCCAAAAUCUAGUGCUGCAUUCUGGUCGGAAUAUCUCGCGGGCGUGGAGGCUUGUAUCUUCCCUGCUCUCAAUCAUGAGGCGGAGAAGAACAGCCGCGAAACGCUCACGCUCAGCAAGCCGACUGCCAAAAUCCAUGCCUUUAGCAAGAUUUCUGGCUUGCCAACUGAGACUCUGUUCCAAUUUGCUUGGGCUCUUGUCCUGAGGUGGUAUAUCGGCUCAGACGAUGUCUGUUUCGGGUACUUCCGUAAUGGAUCCAAACACGAAAAAUCGGAAAUUCCUGAAGUCGCAGCUUGCCGAUUUAUGAUCCAAAACGAGCUCAGUUUGCAGAAGACUUUGCAAAAAGCGAAAGCGAACUGCGAGAAUAUUGCAAUCAACGUGGCAUCUUUGGACGCAGUCAAGCACCAUCUCGGAAUUGACGAUUCGACUCUCUUCAACACAUCCCUUAGCUAUCGCUCUACUCCAUCCGCCCUCAAACGGAGUGCCGUCGAGCCAAGAACUUCCAACGUCUACGAUAUCUCUAUCGAUGCCGAUGUUUCACACUCCGUCGCGGAGAUCCAGUUCAACUUCGCCGCGCACGUCCUCUCUACCUCUCAGAUGGACCAUGUCAUUGAUAUGUUCAGCCAGGUUUUGGAUGACCUGAUUUCCCAGAAUUUCAGCCAACGCACAAUCGGUGACGUCGACAUGCUUUCCGAACGAUCUAUGCGCCAAAUUCGGCAAUGGAACGCCGAAUCGCCACCCAAAGUAGAGAAGUGUGCCGACGAACUCAUUCAGCAGCAGGCACUCCUUCACCCUCGGGCGGAAGCCAUCUGCUCGUGGGAUAAAGACUUUACAUACGGUCAAUUGGAGAUCGUUUCCAGUCGCCUUGCUCGCCAUCUCUCAGGCCUCGGCGUCAAGCCCGAAGUAUUCGUCGUUCUAUGUUUCGAGAAAUCAGCCUGGGCCGUAAUUGCCCAGAUUGCAGUCAUGAAGGCUGGAGGCGCUUUCGUUUCAAUUGAUCCCUCUCACCCCGACUCGCGACUGAAAAUGCUGAUUGGUGAGGUUGGAGCUGAUCUUGUCCUCUGCUCUUCUUCUGUCCACGCCAAGGUAUCCAAACUUUGCGAGCAGACCUUCUCUGUUUGUCAAACAUCUGUUUCGCAACUGCCGGAGUCACCUUUGGCCUUGCCUGGCGUCCGUCCCACACCUCAGAAUGCCGCGUACUCAAUCUUCACUUCUGGUACUACAGGAAAGCCAAAGGCAACCGUGGUUGAACAUACCGGCCUCAGUACCACAUCGCUGGCUAUGUCCGAACCGAUGAAUCUCAAUACCGGUACGCGCGCUUUGCAGUUCUCCAACUACACCUUCGACGUCAGCAUUUUGGAGAUCAUCAUGGUUCUGAUUAACGGUGGCUGCAUUUGCAUCCCAAGCGAGGAGGAGCGCAUGAACAAUUUGGGAGGCGCUAUUUGCCGCAUGCGCGUCAACUACAUGACGUCGCCCCCUGCCAUUGUCAAUACCCUGGAACCCACCAGCGUUCCUUCCCUUAAGACCAUUGUUACAGGUGGUGAGAAGAUGCCCGCGAACCACAUUGACCGUUGGCACGAUCGAUGUGUCAUCAAUGCCUAUGGACCGUCGGAGGGCACUGUCAUGUCGACGGUUGGCGUGAAGGUUGACACGGAGGGUAAUCGUGUCAACAACGACCCGACAUCCAUUGGAACAGCUCCGAACUGCCGAACCUGGAUCGUCGACCCUAACAACUCCAACCGCCUCCUCCCAGUUGGCGCGGUUGGUGAGCUUGUCAUCGAAGGAAGCAACGUUGCCCGUGAAUAUCUUGGUAACGAGGAGAAGACCAAAGCUGUCUUCUUUGAAAACCCCGCCUGGAACCGGCACCCUGGUUUGCAGGGCGUAUUCAAGCGAUCUGAUCGCAUGUAUCGCACUGGUGAUCUUGUCCGUUACGCUAGCGAUGGCAGCCUGAUAUUCAUUUCUCGGAAGGACACCCAGAUCAAGUUCAACGGAGUCCGGAUUGAACUCGAAGAAAUUGAGCACCAGUGCUCACGCUGCCUUCCAGAAAAUUCGCAGGUUGCUGUCGACGUCGUGGUCCCCGAAGAACGUUCCAUCGCAAAGGGACUCGCUGCAUUCUUCACUUUGCACGACCCAGAAUCCAACGGCGGGAGCAGCGAUCAAUUCACUCCCACAAUCCCAGGUGCCGACCCACUCUUGCUUCCCAUCUCGGUAUCCAAUAUGGAUGCCAUCCAGAAGUUGAAGGGCUCAUUGCCUGAGCUGCUGCCUCAGAACAUGAUGCCCCGGCUCUUUUUCCCGCUGAGAAACCUUCCAUUCACCACUUCCGGCAAGAUUGAUCGACGCAGGCUGAAGGCCAUGGUCCAGACCUUAUCUAAGGAUACGCUCAAGUCUUACACCACGUUCAAGACCACUGAUCAGAAAGAAGAAUCCUUAGGUACCGCUCUCGAGGCCCAGAUUGUGGCCCUUGUGGAAACCACCCUGGGACUUGGCGCUGGAUCUGUCACUGCCGAUGACAGUUUCUUCGCUCUCGGUGGCGAUUCCCUUUCUGCGAUGAACCUUGUUGGAGCAGCUCAGGCGGAAGGCAUCGCGCUGACUGUCUCGAGCAUAUUCAAAUCUCCCCUUUUGAUCGACAUGGCCAAGAGUUGUGACGCUGCUGGUGGAGCGAUUCAGACCAAGCAAGCAGAUGUCAAGUCCUUCUCUUUGAUUCCCCGUGAAGUUGACCAGGAUGCCUUGUUCGAUGAGGUCACCGACAACUGCGAGGUUUCCAAGGACCUCAUCACCGACAUUUACCCUUGCAGCGCGGUGCAAGAGGGCCUACUCACCCUCUCCAUCAAACACAACGGUGCUUAUGUGGCUCAACCAUCGUUCCGCCUCCCCGAUGCUGUUGAUUUACCUCGGUUCAAGCAGGCCUGGCAACAGACCGUUGCUGAUCUCGAAAUUCUGCGCACUCGCAUCGUCCACACCGAGGCCAUGAACUUUGCCCAAGUUGUUCUCAAGGAUGUUGCUAUUCCUUGGGUGCAAGUGAAGUCAUUCGAGGAGCUUCCGAUGGACUUCACCCACCUGCCCAAACAGAACGGUGCUCCUUUGACUGGGUACGCUCUGGUUCGGCCUCAUGAUUCAGCUCCUGUGCACUUUGUCUGGUCAGUUCACCAUGCACUUUACGACGGAUGGAGCAUUCCAUUGGUGUUCCGUCGGUUAGAGGAGAACUAUUUCGGCACUAAAACAAAGCAAGCUGGAACGCCCUACAGCCUCUUCAUCGACUACCUUACGAAGAAGGACAUGGAGGAAUCAGAUGCGUUCUGGAAGACCUAUCUGGCCGAGGUCUCUAGCACACCCUUCCCCGUGAACAAGAAUGCUCUUCCAGACGCCAUGCGGGCUGGAAACACUCAGCAUCAUACUCUCAGGAUUUCCCGCUCCCCCGAGAGCGUGGACCUGACACUGCCAGUUCUGAUUCGUGCUGCUUGGGCUAUCGUGAUCGGUACCCACACCUCAUCUGGUGAUAUUUGCUUUGGUGAAACCCUCUCGGGUAGAAACAUCGAUCUUCCAGGAGUUGCUGAGAUUGCUGGGCCUGUUUUGACCACAAUCCCCACUCGAGUGAAGGUGGCGAAUGACAUGUCAGCUCUGGAAUACCUGCAGAGUAUUCACAAGUCGACUACUGAGAUGAUUCCCCAUCUUCACCAUGGCCUUCAGCGCAUCCGUCAACUCAACAAAGAUACCUCAUCUGGUUGUGAAUUCAACAAUCUACUGGUCAUUCAGCCUGGCGAAGAUCUCAACAGCAAGAUCUUGAUCCACGACAAGCGUCAGGCUGCCAGCGAAGACUUCUUCACGCACCCGCUUGUUGUUGAAUGUGCCGUCACCAAGACCGACAUCAAAUUCACUGCUCACCAUGACGAACUCGUGAUCAAUGGGUGGCAGACCAAACGUCUCACGGAACAAUUCGCACACGUACUUGAUCAACUGAUCUCGAUGCCGAAGAGCAGCACCAUGAAGGUUGGAGAUUUGGACUUGGUUAGUGCCGAGGACAAAGCUGAAAUCGCUACCUGGAACCAGCGAACUCCUUUGGUGGUUGAACGUUGCGUUCAAGACUUCAUCCGAGAGAAGUGUGAUGAAACCCCGAACGCCCAGGCUGUAUGUGCCUGGGAUGGUAACUUGACUUACAGAGAGUUCUGGGACCUUGCAUCAGGAUUCGCAAAUUACCUUGUCUCUCGUGGAGUUGGCCCCGAAGUGUUUGUCCCAGUAUGUCUGGACAAGUCAGCUUGGGCGAUGGUCACGCUCAUCAGUAUUCUGAUUGCCGGUGGUGGCUACGUGCCAUUGGAUCCCUCUCAUCCAACCUCACGACACGAGGAGAUUCUUGCCGACGUCGGCGCCAACAUGAUCCUUUGUACCCCUAACUACACCAGCCGCUACAGCCGUGUUGUUAAGACAGUUAUUCCAAUCAGCAGAGAGACCAUCAAGGCCUAUGGGUCAUUGAAGGCUUCUCCUCGGGGUCGGGCUCAGGUCCAGCCUUCCAACAUGGCAUACGCACUGUUCACUUCUGGCAGUACAGGCAGAGCCAAGGGCAUUAUUGUUGAGCACCGCAAUGUGGUUAGCAGCAUUAUGGCAUUCGCUCCAUGGGUUCGCAUGGAUGAGACGUCUCGCGUUUUCCAAUUCGCGUCUUUGACCUUCGACGCUGCCGUGAUGGAAACACUUGCCAUCCUCAUGGUGGGUGGUACUAUUUGCGUACCAAGUGAAGACGACCGUCUCAACGAUGUUGCUGGUGCCAUUCGCCGUCUGAAUGUGACAUGGACAUUCCUGACUCCUUCGAUUGCUAGCAUCAUCGAGCCAUCCUCUGUUCCCUCACUGAAACACCUUGUCUGCGGUGGUGAGAAGAUGUCCAAGGAAGUCAUCACGAAGUGGGCCAACUCUGUCCACCUGAUGAAUGGAUACGGACCAACAGAGACGUGUGUCUUUGCUGUUGUUGACAAUGCCGUUGCCACAAGUCUUGACCCUGCGCGCAUUGGAUAUGGUAUUCCCAGCACCUUGACUUGGAUCGUUGACCCGGACAAUCACGAUCGCCUGACGCCCCUUGGCGCUGUGGGCGAACUCGCUUUGGAGGGUGCGGCUCUUGCUCGAGAGUAUCUCAACAACCCAGAGAAGAAUGCAGAGGCAUUCGCUUACGACCCUGCUUGGAUCAAGGAUUUCAAGCCUGCUGUUCCUGGACCCCGCAGGAUCUACAAGACCGGUGAUCUCUGCUACUAUAACCCCGACGGCUCUAUUGAAUACAUCAGUCGAAAGGAUCACCAGGUGAAGUUGCAUGGUCAACGCAUGGAACUCGGCGAGAUCGAACAUCGUCUGAUGGAGAACUCUCUCACCCGCCAUGCCGUCGUCAUUCUUCCGAAGAAUGGUCCGCUCAAGCAGCGUCUCGUCACUGUGAUGUCUUUGAACAGUGUGGCAGCCGAUAACAGCCUUAUCUCUGAUAAGCCUUGUGAGCUUGUCUCCGAGGACGAGCUGGAGCGCCACGCCUACAAUGAGCUGAUUGAUGUCCAAAAGACCCUUGAGCAACAGCUUCCUGUCUAUAUGGUGCCGCAGACAUGGGCUCUGAUCUCCAAACUGCCCAUGCUGGUAUCUGGCAAGCUCGACAGAAAGAAGAUCACCGCUUGGCUGGAAGAUAUUGAUGAUGACUCUUAUGAUCGCAUCAUGGCUGACUACGACCGCAUCAAGCGGGGCAAGACCGAAGAGAAGCCCCAAGAAAAGGAAGAGAAAGACGAUUCUCUCAAGUGCAUUCGUGAGAUCAUCGCACAGGUCUUGAACAUCUCUCUUCCCAAGGUCAAGGCAGACCGUUCUUUCGUCAGCCUAGGUGGCGACAGUAUCACUGGAAUGGCGAUCAUCUCUCGUGCCCGCAAGCAAGGCCUAGUGGUGACUUUGCAUGACAUUCUGCAGAGCCGAUCGGUCAAAGAGCUCGCCCAGGCAGCCAAGGCGAAGGCAUCGAUUUCUCAACGCGAAGAGAAGUCCGGCGCGCGCUUUUCUUUGUCGCCAGUCCAGAAGCUUUACUUCCAGAGCUCAACUGCCUACCAAAUCGAUGCCCGAUUCAAUCAAAGUAUGACUGUCAAAAUCACACGCCGAUGCGAGGCAGAGGUCCUUCGUCGCGCCAUUAAGGCUGUGGUUGGACAGCAUGCUAUGCUCCGUGCUCGAUUCACCGCAACAAACGGUGAUUCAUGGCAACAAAAGACUGUCGCGGUACGUACCUCAGGAAAUUUCGAAGAUACGUCUGCUAAUCAUGCACUACAGGAGGUUGAAGAGUCAUUCCGGUUCCGUGUUCACUCCGUUGAUGAUGCCAAAGCGAUGGUACCAAUGAUUGGAGAAAGCCAGACAUGUCUCAACCCCGUUGAUGGCCCAAUUCUGGCCGCUGACCUGUUCAAUGUGGGCACCGGGGGUCAGGUUCUCUUCUUGACUGCUCACCAUUUGUGCAUUGACAUGGUAUCUUGGCGCAUCGUACUUCAGGAUCUCGAAGAACUUGUUGUGUCUGGUUCUCUAUCGCUGGACAAGGCUCUGUCCUUCCAAAGCUGGUGCGCAUUGCAGACAGAGCGUGCUAAGACCCACGACGCCAAUAUCUCGUUGCCCUUCGCACCCAUCAAGCCUAAUCUCCAGUACUGGGGUAUGCAUGAUGCCCCCAAUGUCUACGGAGAUAUCAAGAUGGAAUCAUUCACUUUGGCUGAAGACGCCACCAACUUCAUUCUGGAUGGCUGUCACAGUGUUUUCCGAACUGACACUGUUGAUAUCCUCUUGUCUGCUAUCAUUCAUUCCUUCGGUCGGACUUUCACCGAUCGCAAGGUUCCCACCAUUUACAAUGAGGGACACGGCAGAGAGUCAUGGGAUGCAAACAUUGACCUUUCAAGAACUGUUGGCUGGUUCACCACCAUGGCACCCUUGCAGGUCGACUCUGAAGCCCGUAAGUCAUCGUUUCUCCAUUCGAGAAACACUAAGCUAAUAUCAAUAGGUGCCCUGAGUGAUAUUAUCAAGCGUGUUAAGGAUACACGUCGCAAGAUUGCGGACAAUGGAAGACCCUUCUUUGCUAAGAACCUUCUUCAGGAACAGGGCGCCGACUUCCCCGUCCCAUUGGAAGUCCUAUUCAACUACCUCGGCAAGAUGCAGCAGCUCGAGCGCUCGGAUUCACUUUUCCACCAUCACGGCAGUGCUUUUGAUAGCUCAGACUUUGCCGUUGCUGGUGACAUGGGCCCUCGAACUGCCCGCUUUGCCCUCUUCGAAGUCUCCGCCAUUGUUAUCAAGGAGCGCCUCAACGUGGCUUUCACGUACAACCGAAACAUGCAGCACGAGAUCUCCAUCCGGCGCUGGAUUCUGCAGUGCAAGCAGACUUUGGAAAAAGACCUCCUGAACCUGAGGACAGCCACGCCUGAGCCCACUCUCAGCGAUUACCCGCUACUGCCUAUCAACUACCAUGGUCUUCAGAUGCUGACGAACACCACCUUCCGAAAGGCUGGUAUUCGCAACAAGGACCAAGUGGAGGACAUUUAUCCCUGUUCCCCAAUGCAAGAAGGUCUCUUGCUCAGCCAGUUGCGUGAUCCCAAUGCGUACAUGUUCCACACUGUUUUCGAAGUGAAGGACACUAGAUCCAGCAAGAUGGACGCUGAGAGACUUGCGCGAGCAUGGGAGACUCUUGUUGAUCGUCAUCCCGUUUUGAGAACGAUCUUUGUUGAUAGCAAUUACACCGGUGGAUCCUUUGACCAACUGGUUCUCAAGACAUUGACCGACAACCUUCACCGCGUGGAGUGCCUGGACUCUCAAGUCGAAGAAAAGCUGGCCGCUAUCUCUCUCCGGGACUUGAAUGCCAUGCGCCAGGCGAAGCUUUCUCACCAAAUGACCGUUUGCAGAACGAACUCUGGCAGAGUGAUUAUGAAACUCGAGAUCAACCACGCUAUCAUUGACGGUGGCUCAAUGGACGUUAUACUCCGUGAUCUGACUUUCGCCUACGAUCAAAAGCUCCCCGAGGGUUCAGGCCCAUGCUUCAGUGAUUACAUCAAGUUCAUUCGAACUCAGAGCCAAGGAGAUGCCCUGGGCCACUGGAAGCAAUACUUGGGUGGAGUCAACCCAUGUCACCUCGCCCCCUCAGCUGGGUUCGAAUCGAACCGCGAGCUGAAGGGUGUCCUGAUGAACUUCCAACGAUUCCCAGAGCUCCUCGAGUUCUGUGAGCAAAGCUCUGUCACACUCGCGAAUCUGACCCUAUCUGCCUGGGCAAUCGUGCUUCGGCAAUUUACCGGCUCUGACGAUGUUUGCUUUGGAUAUCUGUCUGCCGGUCGCGAUGCCCCAGUGAAUGGAAUCCAAGACAUGGUCGGAAUCUUCAUCAAUAUGCUUUGUUGCCGAGUGAAGUUUUCCCCCCAGCAGACUCUGAUUGACGUUUCCAAGAAUGUCCAGGAUGAUUACAUUCGAUGCAUUCCCCAUCAGAGUUGCUCUUUGGCAAGCAUCCAACAUGAGCUUGGUUGGCAAGGACAGUCCUUGUUCAACACUACGCUGUCUAUUCAAAACCACUCUGUCGCGGCAGGCUCUAAGGGACAGGGCCUGUCCUUCGAUCUUCAGCACGCACACGAUCCAAGCGAGUAUGCGGUCACUGUGAACGUCGAGAUCGCUCGUGGUCAAGAAGGCAUCCUUCUGAGAUACUGGAAUGAUGUGGUGUCCGAUGAACAAGCGCAGGAAUUGUCUGAUACCAUUGCCAGAGUAUUCACUGGGUUCAUCGAUACGCCAACUGGGACUUUGUCGCAAUCCAACUUCGGUGUCCCUAACUCCACAGACUCAAUGCGCUGGGAUUACUCUCAGACGACGCUUGCCGCCAAUUCCACGUCAAACAAAUCUGUCAAAUCCACAGAAGGAAUCGAUAGCGUUGCUAUGCAAAAGAUCAUUGAUGAUCGUGUCCAUGAGAUCAUCGGUCGGAUGUUGAGAGAAGGGAAACUAACAGUGCCACCAGUUCAAACAGAUUCAAUGUCUAGCUAUGACCACACGGAUACCUCUACAAACUCACAAUACGAGUUAGGAAAUCCAGGGGCUCAUGAUUCGGGUGUUUGUUCGGAGACUGACCACUCCAGCGAGGAUGGUGCGUCGGCUGAAGUGGAAAGAAAAUUGUGGACGCUUUGGAGCACAGCUCUUGGUCUUUCUCCCAACGUGGUGAAACACCAACAGAGCUUCUUCAAGCUCGGCGGUGAUAGUAUCACCGCCAUGAAGAUGGUCAGCGCUGCUCGAGAAGAGGGUCUGGUGCUUACGGUCGCGGAUGUUUUCAACAACCCCGUCUUUGAGGACAUGCUGAGCACUGUUCAAGCAGCCAAUGUCACCCAACAAAUGCUUGAUGUCGAUCUUCAGAUGUCUCACAAGGAUGUCGAGGCAGAAUUUUCUCACGGAGCUCCGGGAAAUCUGGUCACAAACCCUUCGUCCGAAAGCAUCGAGGUGCUCAAGCCAUCUUGGCUUGAUGAUGCUGCGGUUGCGCGUGGAAUUUGCCCUAAGAUUGGAGUAUUUAAGGGCGGCAUCGCUGAUGUUCUCCCGGUCACCGACUUCCAAGCAAUGUCACUGACGGCAACUUUGUUCAAGUCUCGAUGGAUGCUGAACUACUUUUACCUCGAAGGCAACGGUCCCUUGGACCUCCGACGCCUCCGCGCGAGUUGCUUGAAGGUCGUCGAUGCAUUUGACAUCCUGCGAACCGUCUUCGUCUGCUUCCAUGACCAGUUCUUCCAGGUCGUCCUGCGCAAGAUCCGUCCUAGCAUCUUUGUGUACGAGACCGAUCGUGCUCUUGAUGAGUUCACAAUGUCGCUUCAGCAGCGUGACCGCGAAUAUGGACCCCGUGAGGGUGAGCAAUAUGUGCAAUUCUACGUUGUCAAAAAGAAGGGCAGCGACCAGCAUCGCAUCCUGAUUCGUCUUUCUCACACUCAAUACGACGGAGUCUGUCUACCGAAGAUCAUGGCUGCCCUGAAGAAUGGGUACGAAGGCACGCCCUUCGCCCCGAUCAGUCCAUUUGCUACUUAUCUCCGUCAACUGCCAGGGGUGAUUAGUCCAGAUCAUUACCGCCAUUGGUCUGAACUGCUCAAGAACUCCCAGAUGACCCAGAUCGUGCGACGAAACGACACCAGCAUGUUCCAAAAUGUGGGAGCAUACACAGAAAUAAAUCGCAAACUCGAAAUUCCUCCCGCCGCACUUGGCAACGUAACCAUUGCUACCGUCAUGCAGGCGGCUUGGGCCUUGACCCUGGCCAAGCUAGCCGCUCAAUCUGAGGUUGUGUUUGGGUUGACCAUUAGUGGUCGCAAUGCCAAUGUCCCAGGAAUUGAGGACACCGUUGGCCCCUGUGUCAAUGUCAUACCAGUGCGAGUGAAACUCGAUGAGAAUUGGACUGGAGACGAUCUCUUCCGCUACCUCCAAGAUCAACAGGUGGCUAACAUGCCAUAUGAAACCUUGGGCUUCCGCGAAAUCAUCAAACAAUGCACGGAUUGGCCCGACUGGACCUACUUCACCACGUCUGUCUUCCACCAAAAUGUCGACUACGAGGGCACCAUUGAACUUGACACCAAUAAGUACCGCAUGGGAGGUGUCGGUGUCAACGACAACCUCGCAGAUCUGACCAUGGUAUCGCGACCCGAUGGCCCGAACGCCCUUUCUGUGACCCUUGGAUACUCCGAAAAGGGACCUGUCAUGCCGUCUUUCGCGCACAAGGUUCUCGACAUGGCCUGCGAGCUGGCACAGUCACUGAUCGCAACCCCCAACAUGCCACUCCCUUCCGCAACCAUGCUGCGCUCUUUGGAAACCCAGACCAUCGACGACAUGCCUCGUCCAACAGACCAGCACUUCCUCAACUCCCACCUCAAGUCUCGCUCCAUCUCAGAACUCCUGGUGCACUCGGAUAUUCUUUCCCGCUCAUGGCACCAAGUUCUACCAAGCCGCAACACUGCGGCACCAAUUGAAAGCUCCGAUGAAAAGCCAAACCACCCAUCUCCCUUCCAGUUGGACUCGUCCUUCUUCGAUCUUGGAGGCGAUGUUUUCAAUCUGGCUCAGUUGACUUGGCUCCUAGAGCAAGAGGGUCUCAAAGUGCGUCUUGAGGACCUGAUUCAACACACUACUUUCCUAGGCCAGAUGGCCGUCUUGGCAUUGCAUAAUGCAAAGCACGUUGAAGAUCUUCCCGCCGAGGAGACACUCGCAACAGGUGCCGCGGGACCUGAUCCUGUUCCCCGUCUGAAAAAGGCCAACACAUGGGACAAGGCAAGGAUGCUUGCUCGCAAGUUGACUCGUCGUAACAACAAUCUUGUUGCCAAUCGAGCAUGA